GGCCUCGGGCCUGGGCCGUGGGCGAGCCGGGGAGAGGCCUCGAGGUGUGGGAGUCCAUCCCGAGGCGGCAGUGGCGGCUCCCGGACGCUCCUUCCCAUUUUCUUUCCUUUCCCCCCAGUCUUCUCAGUGUGAUUUUCUUGUGUCACAACAUGGCUUUGAGUCAAAAAGGAGGAUGAUAUGCAGUUGAUCCUCACUUUUUGCAGACUCGGUUUUUUUUGCUAAGAUUGACUUUGCCUCAGCAUCAACAAACUCUUCAUCUAAGAUUGGUUCCUGUGUGUCAUAUAUUUACAAGUCAGUGGAAAUUACAAGUCAGCACAUACAAGCUGAAAAGCCAAAUAAGGAAAUGUAAUCCUUCUCUUGACAGUUCUAAUUUAACUUGGCUAAAGCCAGUUUUUAGGUUGACUUGGGCAGAAAAGUGAAAAGAGAAUGCUCCACUUUAACCGAUGUCUGCAUCUGAAACAAAUAGCCCAGAAAUGUUUUCCUAGUGUACAUGUUAGAACGGAUAAACAUGUGCAGCUGUUUCUUUCAAGAACCUUUGCACUUGCAGAAUUCAGGAAGUCAUGGCACUCAACCCACUCUCUUGUUGGAGACAAAAAUAUUAUCCUGAUGGGACCUCCUGGUGCUGGGAAAACAACAGUAGGCAGAAUAAUAGGUCAGAAACUAGGUUGUUGUGUCAUAGAUGUGGAUGAUGAUAUCCUUGAAAAAACCUGGAAUAUGAGUGUGUCUGAAAAAUUACAGGAUGUUGGUAAUGAGCAAUUUUUAGAAGAGGAAGGAAAAGCUGUGUUAAACUUCUCUGCAUCUGGAAGUGUGAUUUCCCUUACUGGGUCCAAUCCAAUGCAUGAUGCUAGCAUGUGGCAUCUGAAGAAAAAUGGGAUAAUUGUAUACCUGGACGUACCUCUAAUAGAUCUAGUCAGUCGUUUAAAAUUCAUGAAAGUAGAUAGGAUUGUAGGUCAGAAUGCUGGCACAUCUAUGAAAGACUUACUUAAAUUUAGAAGACAGUAUUAUAAGAAAUGGUACGAUACCCGUGUUUUUUGUGAAAGUGGGGCUUCCCCAGAGGAGGUAGCUGACAAAGUGCUUAAUGCAGUUAAAAGAUACCAAGAUGUGGACUCAGAAACAUUCAUUUCAACAAGACACAAUUGGCCUAAAGACUGCGAGCAGAAGGUCUCAACAAAAUUCUUUAGUGAAGCAGUGAUUGAGGGGUUAGCUUCUGAUGGUGGACUCUUCGUUCCUGAGAAGGAGUUUCCAAAAUUAAACUGUAGGGAGUGGAAAAGCCUAGUAGGAGCAACCUACAUAGAAAGAGCACAAAUACUAUUGGAAAAGUGUAUACAUCCUGCUGACAUACCUGCUGCCAGAUUGGGAGAAAUGAUUGAAACUGCUUAUGGGGAAAACUUUGCCUGCUCAAAAAUCGCCCCUGUCAGGCACCUUUCAGGCAACCAAUUCAUCCUGGAGCUGUUUCAUGGACCAACAGGAUCAUUUAAAGAUUUGUCUUUACAGCUUCUGCCUCAUCUGUUUGCACACUGUAUUCCACCAAGCUGCAAUUAUAUGAUACUUGUAGCUACGUCAGGAGACACGGGCAGCGCAGUCUUAAAUGGUUUUAGUCGUAUUAAUAAGAAUCACAAGCAAAGAAUAGCCGUGGCCACAUUUUUCCCUGAAAAUGGAGUAAGUGAUUUUCAAAAAGCACAAAUAAUUGGCAGCCAGAAAGAAAAUGGGUGGGCAGUGGGUGUCAAGUCAGAUUUUGAUUUUUGCCAGACAGCUAUAAAAAGAAUUUUUAAAGAUUCUGACUUUACUGGCUUUCUUAUUAUGGAACAUGGAACUAUCUUAAGUUCAGCUAAUUCCAUCAACUGGGGCCGACUGCUUCCCCAAGUAGUUUAUCAUGCUUCUGCAUAUCUUGAUCUUGUUAGCCAAGGAUUUAUUUCUUUUGGAAGCCCAGUGGAUGUCUGUAUUCCCACAGGAAACUUUGGUAACAUUUUAGCAGCAGUGUAUGCCAAAAUGAUGGGAAUCCCUAUUCGAAAAUUUAUUUGUGCCUCUAAUCAGAACCAUGUUCUGACUGAUUUUAUAAAAACAGGACAUUAUGAUCUGAGGGAAAGAAAAAUAACUCCUACCUUUUCACCAUCAAUAGAUAUUCUUAAAGCUUCAAACCUGGAACGACAUUUACACAUGAUGGCUAAUAAAGAUGGAGGGUUAAUGACAAAAUUAUUUAAUCAACUAGAAGAGCAGCAGCACUUCCAGAUCGACAAGAUGCUAGUCGAGAAACUUCAGCAGGAUUUUGUAGCCGACUGGUGCUCUGAGAGAGAGUGCCUUGCAGCUAUUCAUUCCACCUACAGUACUUCAGGGUAUAUUCUGGAUCCACACACUGCGGUUGCAAAAGUGGUUGCGGACAGAAUGCAAGACAAAACUUGCCCAGUGAUUGUCGCAUCUACAGCUCAUUACUCAAAGUUUGCACCUGCUAUCAUGCAGGCUUUAAAGAUUAAAGAAAUCAACCAUACUUCGUCAAGUCAGCUUUAUUUACUGAGUUCGUACAACGCAUUACCUCCACCUCAUGAAGCUUUAUUAGAAAGAAUGAAGCAGCAAGAGAAGAUGGAGUACCAGGUCUGUGCAGCUGAUGUGGACGUCCUAAAGAAUCAUGUGGAAAAACUAAUACAAAAUCAAUUCAUAUAAAAAUGUUUUGAGUAAAAUGUUUUUUUCUGGUGAUAAGCAUGCAAUAAUAAAUCACAAACAUUGAUUUGGAA